AUGAACCAAUUACAGUCUGAAAUCACUCAGUUAGAAUCUAAUCCUGCUAAAAACCAAACUGAACUAGACUCUAAAAAAAAGCAAUUAGCCGAGUUAGAAACUAAAGAAAAAGAACUAACUAAAUCUUUACCACUAACUACUCAGAUUAGUAUCUUACAAAAAGAAAUCCAAACUCUAACUAAUAAACCUACUAAAACUAAGGCUGAAGAAAGGGUUUUAGAGAGUAAAAAGCAAGAAUUGGCGGAGUUGUUGAGAAAGCAGAAUGAUUCUAAUACUAAUAAUGCUAAACCUAGUGAUAAAACCAAACUUUAUAUUGGUUUAGGAAUAGUAGGAGUAGUUUUGCUUAUCAGUCUCUUUAUUUUUAUAAGAAAACAUAAAAAAAGGCCUACUUAG